CGCCUUUCCUCUGCAGCCAAUGACUGCUCACUAAACAAUGAGAGGAAGAAGAUGUAUUUCAAAUUAACAGCGUGUGAAAUUACCAAUAAGCAGAAUGGCGAGCUCAGUCACCAAGGAUAUCUCCUUUGAGGAUCUGAAAGCACUCCUGGGAAAGAGCAAGAAUCUCUUGCUGGUCGAUGUUCGCACUAAAGAGGAAGUGGAUAAAGGACACAUUCAAGGAUCUGUUCACAUCCCACUUGAUACAGUAGAUGCCGCUCUUUUAAUGGCGCCAGAUCAAUUCAAGGCCAAGUACGGAGUAAGCAAGCCACUGUUUGAUGCGCCAGAGCUGGUGUUUCACUGCAUGAUGGGCUUGCGAGCCAGAGCUGCCACAACCAAGGCCUACGAACUUGGAUACGUGAAUGCACGAAAUUAUACCGGAGGAUACAAGGAGUGGUCUGAGAAAGAGAAACAGUGAUUUGUGUUGGAGGAAAGUUUCAUAUAUAGUUAAAUUGUGAAUUUAAAACCCAACAACAUCUUCUUGUACUGUUUUUCUUGUAAUAUUUCAUUGUAUUAAGAUAUAUGACUUGUUAUUAAUGUAAUACAUUAUAAUAUCUUCUCAGAUUAACGUGUAUUUGUGGGGAUCAUUUCAGAGAGCUGAAUGUCUAGACAUGCAAAAACAGGAGAGAAAAUACACUUUAUGCUAAAAAGAUUUGCACAGUUGUGGCAUCCAAUGUUGUACAAACAGACGUAUACAGAAGAAAAACACAGCGAAGGAAGACGACUCAAGAAAAACAACUUGUGACUGGGCCUUCAGUAAAAACCAUGUCCUCAAUAGAUCCUGUAAUGAAAAUAUAUUGAAAAUUAUGAAAAUACAGGGCAGUAACUAACGUGCAAGAUUUGUUUUAUUACUUUGCAGUCAAUUCUUUUUUUUAAAUUGUAUUUGAUUGGCAUAUCUUCUGUUUUCGCAGUGUUUUUUUUAAUGUUUUUUAUUUACUUAAUUUAGUUUUAAUGACCAUAAACAUUUAGAUUUGGCUGGUGGAAUCGGACCUCAGUAUUUCUAAAUUCCUGACUACUUUUAGGGCGCUUUAAGGUGCCUGAUUACAAUAAACAAUUCAACGUUU